ACAGAAAGCUUGUGUGUCUGUGUGCGUGAGUGAUGGAAAGUACUCAUGUGGUGGAAAGUAACUAGUUUUGAGAGUCUAGACUGUGCACAAAGAAGCUAUAGUUAAAUAUGCUCCUCACGGCUGCUUCUUUAUUCACAUACUUUCUAUAUGGAAAGAAAAUGUGAAAUAAUCAAGGUAGAGUAAAUCUAAUGCACCCAAUAUAAUCGAUUAACAGACCUUCGCUAUUGCAGAUAAAAGGACCACCCAUUUGAAGAAUAGCCCACCCUGAAGGAAGCUACUAGAAACAAAACUAUUCUUAGUUUCAGUUGAAAAAUCAAAGCUGUUAUUGAUUCAGUUUCUGGCCAUAAAUCGCUCACUAUCCUACGAGCGGAUCUUGUAAACGAAGGAACACAUUUCCUCGCCUCUGGUUGGAGUCAUGACUGGAUGUACAGAUGUUUAAUGACCAACAGGCCCGUUUACGCCGCCGUGUGUUUGGAGUUUCAAUCGGGCUUCGUCUCCUCGUGUGGGAGCAGCGGGCGCACGGAUUCGCUCUUCAUCACAGCCGCCGGCUGGAGAGUGCUGUGGUUGUUGCCAUGACGACCGGGGACCACGCUUCCUAGUUUCUUCCUAGUUUCUUAUGGUUUUGGCCCCUGAUUUGAUGCUUUUUCUGUUACGGAGGCUCUCCGAGGUGGUCCUUUGGUUUGGGUUGUCAGUAAGUCGUGUUUGUUCAUAUUCACUUCAUUUGUUUCCAUCGCAGAUGCUAUUUUUAGUCGCUUACUAACAGCUGGAGUGUGUUGGAGCUCUGAACAUUCUCUCCUAUAACUUCUCUCAGAUCAUUGUCCAGAUGUCAUGUUCACAUCAAUAUCGUUACUGUGCUGUAUCAAAGUCACUCGCUAACAUCCUCCCUCCUCCUCCCCCUCCACCCUCCUCUCCCCCCCAAAAGACCCCUUUGCUCCCGCGGACGGCAGCACCAACGCAGCGCCUUCAGGUCUAGACCUUUUCGGCAUGAUGGAGAAUAAUAGUCUGGAUGCCUGUUUUAGCUCUGUGGUUCCCCAGCCUUCCCCUUCACCCUCACCGCUCUUCACCUCCGCCUCCAGCGCCAUCACCACCACCACCACCACCACCGCCAGCAUUUCAGCUCCCACCGCCGCCAACCCUGCGGCUGACCUUUUCGGCGAUCUCUUUGAUUCCAUGCCAGACGCGAGCAUCCCCAGAGCAGACCCCGCCGCGGGUGUCGACUUGUUUACGGCAGCGGACAUGUUCAGCUCCCCCGUCCUCUCCUCCGCACCGAGCCCCGGAGGCAUCAUGAACCCGUUUGGUGGUGGGUAACUCACUCCUGCCCCCGCCCCCCCCCCCCUCGCUCAUGAUUGAUCACCGGGGGAGUAGAAUGUGGGCAAAAUCAGAUUCAAUAACUAUAGUUGUGAUCAGGCUCCAUCAGUGGACAGAAAUACGGGGAACAGCGUAUCUUUGUUGCAUAUUAUACAUUUGUGAAUCAGACGCCGGAGAUGAAGCUUGAUCGUGCUGAAAUUGUUAAAUUAUUUGGAAAUAUUGUGUUUAUUUUCACUUUUCCUGGCCUGUUUGAAAAUGCGGACUGUCAAAUGAGCACGGCGAGACGUGUCCCCAUGACUGAAAUACACGCAUUGUGUCUUCAGCCUUCCCAUCUAACUCUGAGCCCUUGUUUUACCAGCGAGAAGCCGAAGGCUGACUAUUACCCCUUCUUUGCCCUCAUGCUGCGACGGGAUCGGCUCACCGGUCCGCUUUGACCCGGUCGGGUAUGUUUUGAUUCCACC